UGCUGUUAAACACCGACAGGACUUCCCCUCCGCAGACUCAGCGCGCGCGCCGCCGCCGCUCUCCGCCGCUGUGUCCGCGCGCUGCAGGACCGCCAUAGAGGAAAAGCCACAGAUGACAAGAGGAAAGAAGAGAGACGAAUUUUCCAGCAACGCUCAACCUCUUACAGAAGCUUCAAGAUGAGUCACAUGACCUGAGCGCCUGGCUUUUGAGUGACCGAACACUGAAGACUCCAAUGGAAAGUGACAUAUAUAUUAGCGCUCAUUAGCUACAUGAUUCAGCAAAUCUGGGAGAUUUAAACACAGUGACUGAAGAUCUGAUCUGUCAUGGCGAAGAAAAAAGAGGCUCUCAACCUGUCCUUCCUCCUGGAGCAUGAGCGGGAGAUGAUCCUCAGCGUCCUGCAGAAAGACGAGAAACUCCGCAAACGAGAAGAAAAGAGAAUACGGAAAUUGAAGAAUGAGCUGCUGGAGCUGAAGCGGGGCAGCCGGCGCAGUAACUCAGAGCAGCGCGAGUGCGGGGUGUGUCUCAGAGCGCUGGGGCUCAUCCUGCAGAGGGGGAGUGUGUGUGACGACUGUAAACGCCGGGUCUGCAGCUUCUGCGUCGCCGUGUCCCCGAACAGCAGCCACAGCAAGUGCACCGUCUGCGCCAAGACCGCGGAGCUGAAGGUGGUCACAGGGGAGUGGUUCCUGGAAGAAAGAGCGAAACGUUUUGACCGCGUGACCCUUCCAAGCAGCGACGUAAUCAAACAGUCCAUACUUAACAGUCCACCAGAAUCUGCCCAAAGGAAGGUUUACCAGUCUCGUACGAACCAGACUGGCACACCCCAGCCCGAGCGAUCACCCACUCCCCAGUCUGAGAAGAGUGUGGGGGGGCGGAGCUUAGGCAAGAAAAAAAUAAUAAAAUCACUAGCUGUAGAAUCAUCAGGACGUCCAACAACACCCAACAACAUGCGCCCACAACCAGACCGACUGUCAGCUCAGGCCGAGGGACGGAAAAGGCCUGAUGGGGCUGAGAGUGUGUACAGUUUUCACAGCAGUGACAGUAUUGCUGAUAAGGUCUGCGGUGGGCAGAACCGAAAAGACUCAGCCACGCCCUCCAUCGCUGUAUCCAGAGCCUCCCUCUCAUCAGACCGCAGUCGCUCUGAGCUUGACCUCAGUAAUCCAGGGGAGGGGUUUGCUAAUGACUCUCUGCCCAGUCGCUGCCACUCAGUUCCUGGACUCAAUGAUGCAGAAUCAGAUGAGGACAUUGAUGCCCUGCUGUCUGCCCACUACAAAACCAGCCGCAGCGUCGGCAGCGCUCAGUCUGUGUCUUCCACUCCACGCUCAGAGCGAAAGUGGAGCUUCCUUAAUGUACCUGACUCCGAUGCAGAGACUAGCAGCCUGAACAGUAUGAUGAGUGUGUACAGUGAGACAGGUGACUAUGGAAACGCACGUGUUUCUGGAGAGAUCCUGCUGAACAUCUCCUACAGCUAUAAAACAGGAGCACUCAAUGUUCUGGUGCGAGAGUGCCGCUGCCUAGCAACUGGGGAUGAGAGGAAGCAGCGCACUGACCCAUAUGUCAAAACGUAUCUUUUACCAGACAAAUCCCGCCAGAGCAAAAGGAAAACCAGCAUUAAAAACAACACGACCAAUCCAGUCUUCAAUGACAACUUAAGGUACGUAGUGAGUCACUCUCAGCUGGAGACGCGCACUCUGCAGGUGUCUGUGUGGCAUCAUGACCGAUUCGGACACAACAGCUUCCUCGGGGAGACCGAGCUGACCUUUGACUCCUGGGAGUUUGAUACUCAGAUAGAGGAGUGGUUUGCCCUCCAGCCCAGGGCCGAGGGCUCUGUAGACUCGAUGAUUCAGUAUAAAGGAGAGCUGACCGUGGUUCUGAAGUACAUUCCUGCUGAGAGGAAUCUCUCACUGCCACUUGACCAGAUACAAGUGAAGAAGGGAUUUCUGAAAGGGAAGAAGAGCAUCACUCUGCCAAAAGGAGGGAUGGUAGAGCUGCUGGUUAAAGAAGCCAAGAACUUGACAGCUGUCAAAUCAGGGUCCUCUGAUCCUUUUGUUAAAGGGUAUCUUCUGCCUGAUGAUAAGAAGAGUACAAAGCACAAAACAGCAGUAGUGAAGCGCUCGGUGAACCCGCGCUGGAAUCACACCUUUACCUACUGCGGCCUCCAGCACACCGACCUGGACAGCGUCUGUCUGGAGCUCACCGUCUGGGACAAGGAGCCGCUCGCCAGCAACGUCUUCCUGGGAGGAGUCCGUCUAGGAGCUGGAACUGGUCUGAGCUACGGGAAGGAGGUAGACUGGAACGAUUCAUACGGGGAGGAGCAGCGAUUAUGGCAGCGCAUGAUUGACAACCCGGAGGUACCUCAGGAGUGCACGCUGAUGCUGAGGUCCAGCAUGGCCAAGAGAAAGGCGUAGAGACGGAUCAGGGUGGAGAGAUCCUGCAGUACCUGUUAAACUUACUACCCUGAAACACCUUAAAGAGAAAAGUGCCCUUCGCAUACACACUCACACACUCGGACACACACACACACACACACACAAUCAACAUGAUCACAAAUAUACACACACACAAGCACACAGUAGACUGUAUUAGUCCUCUAGACCAACCACUGCAUAGACUGACUGAUAUUUAUACGCAUGACCACACACUGUCAUCGUCUACUGAAUCACAGACCUGCAUCUUUACUCAACAUCCAGUAUACACCCCAUACAGAACAGACUGGGACAGUAAGAAAAAUACACGUAUAUAAAAAAUGCUACUAAAUUUUAUUUAAAAAAUAAUUAUAGAUUUGAUUGCAGACAGUAUGAUCCAAAAAUAUUUCUUCAUUUGUCUGUUUGACUUUAUAUCAUUUAUUAAUAUGAACAUCCAUGCUUGCAUUUAAAGCCUGCACUACAAGAUCUACAAGUUUUAGCACUGAGGAUACCAUAUAAUUAAGCAAUUCCUGCUUUUAUUUUGUCCUAUUCUUCCUUGCAAACACGCCUUAAGCAACAGUACAUCAUCAGGGUCAUCAUUGUCACUUUUUUAUUUAAUAAUUCUCCACAAAUUUUCUAAAGUAAAAGAUUCAGAUCUACAGGCAAGCCAGUCCAAGUAUAUUAAUAAAUAAAUAAAAAUGUUGACCAGAUAAAAUGAAUUAUUUUGGGAUUAUACUGUCUGCAAUCAAAUAAAGGUUCAUGUAAAUGUUAGAAACACUGCGCAACUUGAUUUAAGGUAUAAAAUGUACACCAAGCAGCCAAAAUAGAAAUAUGUCACACAUCAGUGCCAUGGCUGUAGACAACACAAAUGUAAACUUAAAAAUAAGCACAUAGUCUAAAGGCCAAAAAUAAACGUUGAUAGAAUAAUAAAAAGAAUACUGUACCAUGCACAAAGAAUCCCAUUAAAAGCACACAGAGUUACUGAGUAAAGUACUGGUAUACACAACAAGGUACAGGUGCAUAUCAAUAAACUAGAAUAUCAUAAAAAGUUCAUUUAUUUCAGUGAACUCAAAUUACAUAGAGUAAUUACACACAUGUAUUUUAAGUGUUUAUUUAUUUUAUUGUUGAUGAUUAUGGCACACAGCUCAUGAAAACCACCAGUAACAGAAAAUUAGAAUAUUAUGUUAUAAGACCAAUUGAUACUUUUGGCUGUGUGGGCAGUGUGCCAAAUCCUGCUGGAAAAUGAAAUCUGCAUCUCUAUAAAGCUUGUAAGCACAGCGUCUACCAGACAAUUUAGAGCACUUCUUGCUUCCCUCUUCUGACGAGCAGCUUUAUGGAAAUGCAGAUUUCAUUUUCCAGCAGGAUUUGGUACACUGCCCACAUUGCAAAAAGUGCCGAUUGGUCUUAUAUAAUAUUCAAAUUUUCUGAGACACUGAUUUGGGGGUUUUCAUUGGCUGUAAGCCAUUAUCAUCAAUAAUAAAAUAAAUAAACACUUAAUAUAUAUAUAUAUAUAUAUAUAUAUAUAUAUAUAUAUAUAUAUAUGACCUUUUCAAAGAUAUUCUAAUUUAUUGAAAUGCACAUGUACUUUCAUUACUACUUUCUAGGGAUGCACCACUUUUGCAAACUUUGUGUUGAAACCAGAACCAAACAAAAUGUUUGGCUAAAUACUGAACACAUUUGAUUUUAUUUUUAUUUUUUUACAGGUUUUUAUUUUAAACUUUUUUUCUAAAUUACAUAGCAUACAUAUAUUUACAUGGUUCCAAUUAAAAGUUUAAAAUAAUGUAUUAUAGACUAAAGAUUUUUUGCAUCCCAGCUGGUUGCAUUCUGAUUGUGUUGUCCAAAAUUAUUUUGAUUAUUGAUUAAUUGAUUUAUUCACCCAUACACUAAAAGUGCUUUAUUUUAUUGUUUUAUUUUUUUAUUUUUUUAUUUUUUUUCGGUUGCCAAAUAUUUGGUGCAUCCCUACCACUUCCCUACCUAAAAACACAGAAGAAUCCAGUUGUGCUUUAAUGAGUAAAUCUCUAUUAUCUUAAAGGGGAAUCUCUGCAGAUUAAGUGAGUUUAUUUCAUGUACUGUUUACAUGUGAUAAGACUAAAAUCAAGCACACUUCACUGAGCUCCUCCACUCCCAGCCCCGUCUGCCUGAGGGAGCGAUUAUGAGCCGAUCAGACUGUUCUCGUGUUCAGAAGCAGUGAGACGGAACGAGUCUCGUCCGGGGUGUUUCAUUUUCACAGAGCUCUGAGCCUCUGAGAGGAUAGAAUAAGACAUUUAUGUGGAUACUUUAGUGAAAAAAUAAUAAUAUUAGAAUAUUCUUGCACAAUGCACAAGCAAUUCAAAAAGCCCUUUUCUAGAAUAUUCCUGUAGCUCCGGUCAUGACGUCACUGUGAGGUAAAUGAGGAUUCCAUAAACUAGAGUGUUCCUCUUUUAUAGCUGAUAAUCCUGUUCCUUACAGAAAGCCUUAAAAAAGCGCAUGGUGUCACUUUUAAAGAAUAACAGGUGAUAUGAUCACAUGUGCAGUUUUUUACGCAGUCCAGUCGUAUAUAACCACCUCCCCUUUUUUUCAGCUCACCUUUUCCAUAUUUCAGCUUCACUGAUCAUAUAGGAGAACUUUGUAGUUCUGUAAUAAUUACAGACUGUAGUUCUGUAUCUGUUUCUCUGCAUAUUUUAUUAUCUUCCUUUCAUCCUGUUCUUCAAUGGUUCUUCUGUGGGCAGCAUUAUGUAGGAAAGCAUCCUGUGGGCGGUAUCCUGCUGGCAGCGUCAUGUAGGGAAGUGACCUGUUAGCAGCGUCCUGUAGGAAAACAUGCUGUGGGCAGCAUCAUGUAGGGAAGCGUCUUGUGGGAAGCAUCCUGUUGGCAGUGUCCUUUUGGCAGUGUCAUAUAGAAAAGUGUCCAGUGGGCAGUGUCCUGUUGGUAGCAUCCUGUAGGAAAACAUACUGUGGGCAGCAUCAUGUAGGGAAGCGUCCUGUAGGCAGCGUCCUCUGGGCACAGUCAUAUAGAGAAGCGUCCUGUGGGCAGCGUUCUGUUGGCAGUGUCCUUUUGGCAGUGUCAUGUAGGAAAGUGUCCUGUGGGCAGCAUACUGUUGGUCGCAUCGUACAGGAAAGCGUCCUGUGGGCAGUGUCCUGUUGGUAGGGUCAUGUAGAAAAACAUGCUGUGGGCAGCAUCAUGUAGGAAAGUGUAAUGUAGGCAGUGUCCUGUUGGCACCAUCAUGUUGGAAAUUACCUGUGGGCAGCAACCUGUGGUUAGUGUCCUGUUGGCAGUGUCCUGUUGCCAGUGUCAUGUAGGGAAGCAUCCUGUUGGCAGUGUGGGCAGCGUCCCUUUGGUAGCGUCCUCUGGAAAGCGUCCUGUUGGCAGAAUCCUGUUGGCAGCAUCUUGUAGAAAAGCAUUAUGUGUGCAGCGUCCUGUGGGCAGCGUCCUGUGUGCAGCGUCCUGUGGGCAGCGUCCUGUGGGCAGCGUCCUGUGGGCACCGAUGAAGAACUAGAGGAUGACCAACUAAAACAGUGCAUCAACAGAUUCAGAUCUUCAGUCUCUGACUUUAACAUGGUCAUAAUGUUCUGACUGGACUGUGUAUAAAAGGCUUUCUGCAGGGAAAAUAUAACUGUUGUAUGUUAAAUGUAUGUUAAACAACAAUGUGUGUUUUGUUGCCUGACUGUAAAGCAGUUAAACUCACAGCAUGUUUAAAGUAUGUUUGUGUAUAUUUUAGAGUAUGUAUGUGUUUUCUAUAAGCAAUGAGACUCAUAAACAUCUUCAGCUCUAGACUGGAAAUAAUAAAUUCUGUAUAAACUCGA